CGAGGCAGCUGCUCACAUAGAUCCAGAGGGAGAGCUGAGAGACCAGCCCGAGUCAGCGUCCUGUAGAGAAAGAGAGAAUCCUCUGAUCAUUGUUGAAGUGCAAGCAAGCGAAAGGAUCCCCCAGUUGUAUUGUCUUUUAAGCAUGUUGGCACAAAUGGAGACGAUGGCCUAUGUGACUGAGAUCAGGCUGAGUGGAGGUCGGGGGGCCUGGAGCGGAGUGGCUCCCUCCUCCUGCCCCGAGGUAGACCUGGAGGUCAUCGAGGAGUAUCUGCAGGAGCACUCGCUGGAGGUCCAGCCCGCUCACACGCCCGUGUCUCCUCCGAGCACUGUGGGGCAGCAGACGCACACACACCCCCACCAGGGCGCCAGGAUCAUAGAGAAUAACUGGUCAGGUCAGCAUGCAUAUGAGUGGCACUGUGACUCUCACACUCGAAACAAGGAAUAUGAAGAGCAAGCCCCACCUCCAGCCUGGCCUAGUCACCAUGACAACCAAUGGGAACACAUUGCUUAUUCCUAUGGAGGACCUGCAUACAUUGACUCAGAUUCCCAGUCCAGUAGCUCCCAGUACCAGGAAUACCAAGAUUCACCAUCACCAUCGUCUGACAGGGGAGGCAGGAUGGACAGAGACUCCCUGCCUCUUGCCCCAUUGUCAGUAGGAAAGAGGAAAGAGCGGUUGUUCCAGUUCCUGUUUGAGAUGCUCCAGACGCCAUCGAUGCGAAGCUGUAUCUGGUGGGUCCAGUCCUCCUCCUGGCACCUUUCAGUUCUCUUCCCAAAACAAGGAGCGCCUGGCGCAGCUGUGGGGACGGCGAAAGGGGAAUCGCAAGACCAUGACCUACCAGAAGAUGGCGCGAGCACUGAGGAACUACUCCCGCACCGGCGAGAUUCAGAAGGUGAAGAGGAAGCUCACGUAUCGCUUUGAUGAGAAGACGCUGAGAGGCCUGCAAGGAGACUCUAAUUCAGUGUAGGAAGCAUUAUGGCAAGUGUACAUAAGCACAGAAAAAUUGGAUAUUCCGAGAAAAAUCACUGGAUGUCCCGUUAAUGUCCUGUCUGCUGAUUCUAAUUCUAUGUCAUGUGAAAACAAAUGAAUACUGAGUAUUUGAAAAGCCAGAAGAUGAAACAUUGUCAGUCAGAGUGUUCUUCAGAUACAGAACAAUACUGGAAUUGGUGCUUAUGACGGAAACGAUGAUACUGACAUGAGGACGCAAACUCCAAGCAUAGGCAAUGUGGGUAAAGUAAACUGGCAUUAAAAAAUAUGUAAAUCUCUAAGGUUGUCAGAUAACAUCUACUUCAUAAGUAGAACUUAAAUAAAAGUUGUGGUUUUCUGUUUUUU